AUGUUGCAUAAUGAAGGAAAAAUAAUACAAAUAAUUGGUUCUGUGAUUGAUGUUCAUUUUGAGUCAAAUUUGCCAACAAUUUUUGACGCUUUGGAAUUAGAACUGGAUGGUAAAAAAAUUGUUUUAGAAGUUAUGCAAUUGCUCGGUAAUAAUACAGUUCAAGCUAUUGCUAUGAAUCCAACUGAAGGUAUGUAUAGAGGUCAAACUGUUAUAAAUACAGGUAAACCAAUAUCUGUUCCUGUUGGUAAAGCAACAUUGGGUCGUAUUAUGAAUGUUAUUGGUGAAGAAAUGGAUGGUAGAGGGAAAAUUUCCUCUCAGAUUACAAGACCAAUUCAUAGAUCUGCACCUAAGUUUGCUAGUCAAUCUACAAAUACAGAAAUACUAAAGACAGGAAUUAAGGUUAUUGAUUUGUUGGCACCAUAUUCUAAGGGCGGUAAGAUUGGUUUGUUUGGUGGAGCUGGUGUAGGUAAAACUGUUUUAAUUAUGGAAUUAAUUAAUAACAUAGCUAAAUCCUAUGGUGGUUAUUCCGUAUUUACUGGAGUUGGUGAACGUAGUAGAGAAGGAAAUGAUCUCUAUCAUGAAAUGAUACAAUCUAAAGUUAUUGAUCUUGAAGGAGAUUCCUCAAAAGUUUCUUUGGUAUAUGGUCAAAUGAAUGAAUCCCCCGGUGCAAGAUUGAGAGUAGCUUUGUCUGGUUUGGUUCAGGCUGAAUAUUUUCGUGAUGAAGAAAAACAAGAUGUUUUACUGUUUGUUGAUAAUAUUUUUAGAUUUACUCAGGCUGGAUCUGAAGUAUCAGCUUUGCUGGGUAGGAUUCCAUCAGCUGUUGGUUAUCAAUCAACUUUGGCAACAGAUAUGGGUGCAUUGCAAGAAAGAAUUACCUCUACUAAAGAUGGCUCAAUUACAUCUGUACAAGCAGUUUACGUUCCUGCGGAUGAUUUGACAGAUCCAGCUACAGCUACAUUGUUUACUCAUUUGGAUGCUACAACAGUUUUGUCACGUCAAAUUGCAGAAAUGGGUAUCUAUCCAGCAGUUGAUCCAUUAGACUCUACAUCUAGGAUUUUGGAUCCUUCAAUAGUUGGUGAAAGGCAUGUUAGGGUUGCUAAUGAAGUAAAAAGAAUUUUGCAAAAAUAUAAAUCUUUGCAAGAUGUAAUUGCUAUUUUGGGAGUUGAAGAACUGUCAAUAGAUGAUAAAAUUGCAGUUACUCGUGCUAGAAGAGUACAGAAAUUUUUAUCUCAACCAUUUUUUGUUGCAGAAGUAUUUACAGGUAUUCCUGGUGAAUUGGUUGAUCUGGAUCAAACUGUUUCUGAUUUUGAAGAAAUUUUGCAAGGUAAGCAUGAUAAUGUUCCAGAAGCAGCAUUCUUUACAACAUCAACAAUUGAAAAUGUUUUGAAAAAAGCAAAAUUAAUGUAA